AUGACAACCAAAAGCAGCCACUCUGAAAAGAAUAGAAAUAUUCCUUUGACACUGACAGCAAAGUAUGCAUCUACCUGGGGAUCAUGGGAAGGUGUGCGGGAACUCGUCCAGAAUUGGCAUGACGGCAUAUACGACACUGUAAACCAGAGAGGAGUUUCAUUGAUCUCCAAAAAUGAAAUUAUUUUUUGUGAGGAAGGAAACAAUCACAACUUUAAAGCCUGCCUUGUAAAUUCUGACACAAGAGAGGAAACCAUUCUUGGUCGAUUAAUUUACAAUCAAUUUGAAAACAAGUUGACUCUGAUCAACAGCUGUACUGAACUCCAUAAGAAAAUCUUGUUGCUUGGUUACAGUGGUAAAUCAUCAAGUAAGGAAAUCAUUGGUCAGUUUGGAGAAGGGUUAAAGGUCGGAGCACUAGCAUUAGUCAGGAAUGGACACCUAGUUACCAUGGAAACAUGCAAUGACCGAUGGAGGUUCGAUCUGAUACAUAAUGAAGAAUUUGGAGAAAAGGUUCUAACAGUUGUUGUUACAGAAAGACUCACAAGUGACAGAAGUGAUUGUAUAGAAGAACAAAAGAAUGGCUAUGUUCUGCCUACUGAUACAUGUACCACUAUUACAGGGAUUGAAGAUUGGAAAAAGUUUCUUCCCAGAUUUCUAUUUUUAAAGCCUCCAGUGGAUAGUGUGAAAACUCAACUUGGUAGUUUGUUAUUGGACGAGAGUCUGUCGGGACAGCUGUAUGUGAAAGGAUUGUGGGUGUCAGACCUCAGCGACGAAGAUCUGGCAGCAGGCGUUAAUUUCACUUUUCUACAACUGGACCGAGACCGGAAUGCUGUCCCUAAACCAAGUGAAAUUGACCACAUGAUGAGUGGGAUUUGGAUCAGAGCAAUAGAAAGGAGACCAGAACUCACCACAAAAUACUUCCACCUGCUAAAGUCUGAACGAUACAGAGAUGUUCGCCAUGCUGCAGAGUACAUUACAGAUGAUCUAUCCAAGAAUAUUGCAUCAGAGUUUCUAAAUGAGUUUAGUGUCCUUGCCUUUCCUAUGCUAAACAGUAGUACAGCUGAUCAAAUGGCUGCUGUGAAUGAAGAACUCAAUCUGACGGCCAUCCUGUGUAACCAGACUCUAUAUGAAAUACUGAUGAAGUCAGGGUCCUACAGGUCACUAGAGAAUGCUCUGGAAGAGAAAAGAGCAAAGCAGAGGAAACCAGUUGCAUUAUUUUCUCUGACUCCGAUGGAGGUAUCUGUACUUAUGGCAGCUAUAGAUCUGGCAAAGCUUGUCAACUCCUCCAUGGAUAUCUCCAUGUUUGAUGUCAUGGAAACUAGUCUGACAGAGACCUGUUCAGGUGAUGGUACCAGGUUUUGUGUUCCCAGAUGGUAUUUGGAUCCACAUCAUGUACACAAGAGAGGGUCCCUUUGCGGAAAAUCCACAGUUACCGAGGAAAUGGCGGAUUGUAAAUGUUGUGAGGUAAUUCUUUGUGCAGCUGUGCUGGAACUGGAAAAAAAACCAGAAAUGUAUAAACCUUCAACGUAUCUGGUACAGAAGUUGAUUACCAAGAGUUCAAGUCAAGACAUGCUUAGUAAUCAACAUGGAUUCAAAGAUGGACACUCCUGUACCAACAGUUUAAAUAAUGAAGUGUUUAUUGCUAGAGAGAUGAAAUUACAGGAAAAAAUACAGCAGCUGGAGGAAUCAAUAACCAGAGAAAGAGAAGAAGCAAUGAAUAAGAUAUUGGUGGUGAAGAAGAAAUUGAAGGAAGCUGAACAUCAUCUAACUCAGAGAGAAAUUUCUGUUAUUGAUGUGGAAACACACUUACGGGAAAGUUACAAAACAGAAAUCGAACAAUAUCAGAAGAAAUCGCAGGCAAAAGUUGAAGAACUAAUGCAUCUACUUGCAAAGAAAGAGGAUGUUAUAUGUAACCUAGAAGCAACUGUGAACUUCAAACAGGAAGAACUUUCCCAGGUGAAAAAACAGCUGGAAGUCACUGAUGCAGCAGCUGAGCGGAAGAUGGGGUGUCUGCUGGAUGAACUAGCACAUUCUAUAUCACAGAAUCGAAACAGGACAAAAAGUCUUUCAAAAUUAUGUGCAGAGCAGUGUCAAAGUAUUGAAAAGGGCAAUAAGUCGAGAGAGAAAUGGGAACUACUUCAGAAGCUAUGUGAUACUAUCUUACAGGAACUACAGGAAGAGAAGAUUCUUUGCUCAGCAUGUAAACGUAAAAGGAAGGAUUGUAUCAUCCAGCCGUGUGGUCAUUACUGUUUGUGCAACCAGUGUGCUGAUCUCCUUCUGUCUGAAAAAGCACCAUGCCCAGUGUGUCGCUCCACAAUGUCUACCUGUUUAAAAGUGUAUGACACUUGAUAACAUGUUUUGAUAAAAAACUGAUUACAUUCAGAUUCUGAAACAUAUCAACGAAAGGAUCAAUAUUAACUUGAUGGGGUCCAAAUAAAUGUUUUAUAUAUCCAUUCUUCUGGCUUUCAUAGAGCUUGGAAAUAUAGAAUUGUUACUCAUUGUCGUAUAUUCCAUGAUUCAUGAUAUAUGUUUACAAUAUUUGAUGACAUAUGACUCUAAAUCUAAUUUUUGGGAAGAUUGUAAUACAAUGAUAGAAUCUUUCUGCCAUUUGGGGUUGAAAUAGGGGGAUUUCAACCCAAGGGUGAAGAUUUGGUUUGACUUUUCCCUAUCAACUUGACACACAGUGAGUCACUGUGACUUAAGUUCUGUACUCAUUACUAGGACACUUUGUGAUUUCUUGUUGAUGUGUUUUGAAACGAACAUGUUUGUUUGUUUGUUAGAAUCAGAAAAAGCUUAAUUGCAAUUACCAUAUAAGGAAGUCUUUUUCACUAAUAUGCCCUCUUUACUACUUCUGGUUCAAUCCAAGUGCCGAAAUCCAAUAUGGCUGACAUUCAAACGUUCACUGCAAAAAAAAUGCUUUAUAAAAUUCAGUCGCCUACCUUUCUUUUUGUUGUUUGUGAGUACACAUAAUGUUCUUUAUGUAUAUAAUGUGAUAUUACUGCAGCUUAUGGUUUAUAAGGAACACAUAUUUAUACUAGCUUCUUUUCAACAUGUUAAAUAAAUAAUGGCAGCUCCCAUAUCCAGAAACAUUACGGUUGUGCAUCCAUGAACACAUUUGAAUCAAUACAACAAUUUACAGGAUCGGGAAGGAUUAUGUCUCGUGUUACCAAAAUACAUGUGCUAGAAAUGUAUUUUUAGCUCACCUGGUCCUAAGGAUUACUGUACAAAAGGGUUGGUUUAGGCCCCCAAAGGUGGGAGGGGUGACUCUCAAAAAUCUUUAACCUCCGGAAGGAUUAAGUGGAUUUUAUGCAAAUUUGGUGUGAAGCAGUCUUUGGUUAAGAAGAAUCAAUUCUGAAUUAAAGGAUGGUUUUUGCCUCUUGAGGAGAGAGAGAGACGGGGUUAAUUAGAAGAAAUUGAGCAAAUUAAUGAAAACCCUACAACUCCUUGGAAUAUUUGGGUUUUCCUGAAUUUGAUUUGAAGCAUUCUUGGCUGAAAGGGAAUCAGUUUUGAAUAAACAAUGGAUCUAGUCCCAUUAAGGAGGGAGGGGCGGGGCCCAAUAGAUAAAAUAGAACAAAACCUUUAACAUCCUACUCCUCCUACAGGAAUGGUUGACAUUUGCCAAUAUCAGGUGUCAGAUAUUCUUGGGUGAAGAGAAAUCCCAUUUUAUUUUAUAAACGGUUGGUCUAAGCCCCAUGUGGUGGUAGCUCGGGGGCAAAUUACAGGAAAUGGAGUAAAUUAUUUAAAAUAUUACUUCUUGUUAAGGAAUUAUUAGAUUUUGCCUAAAUUCGGUCUGAAGCAUUCUUCUUACGUGAAUGGGAAUCAAUUUUGUAUUAUAACUGGGUUUUGGUAUGGGGAUGGGGCCAGGAGAAGGAAAUAGAGCAAAUACUUUAUAAUCAAAAUCUUUCUCCUCGUGAAGAAAUAAUUGUAUUUUGCCAAAAUUUAAGCUGAAGCAACAUUUGGUGAAGGCUAUUCGAUUUUGUAUAAAUGGUGGGUCUCAGGUUGUGAGAUGGGUGGCCCCAAUAGGGGAAAUAAAGCAAAUUCUUUAGAAUCCUUCUUCCUCCGAAAACAUGGUUGGAUUCUGUCCUUCUGUGUUAUGAAGUAUCAUUGCGGGAAAGGGAAUCAAUUUUUUUAUAAAAUAGUGGGUCUUGGGGGCCUAACAGGAUGAAUUAAACAACUGUAUUAAAAUCCUUGUUCUCCUUUAAGAAUGCCCUGUACAUCCUGGUUUUUUUUAAUGAUAUCUGUACAUUUUACAAUCAUGUUAUAUUUACUAAUUACUUGAUACUAGAAAUAUACAUCACUUUUCUAAUUAUGAAAAUAAAACGAUUUUUUUAUAUCUUGUG